GUUGUCAGUCAGUCAAUGGCUGGAACAUGCUAAAAUGAUAAAAACAAAUAUUGGAAAAAAUGCAUGAAUAUUACUGUGUUCGAAAAAUAAAUUAGAAGGAAUAAUAUGGCAGAUAUCUUGAGACCUGAAUUAAUGUGGAUAGAAGGCCGAUGUUACAGAAUCAACGAUUCGACGGCUGAAAACACGUUAUCUCUUCAAGAACACGAAGUUUACGAGCAGGAAAUGUACGAUAUUGAUGAUACGGAGGAUGGUGACACCGGCAACGAGGAUUAUGAAAUAGAAUCAUUUGGUGACUCCCGUCAUCGUACAAGUUUACAUGUGCCCCAGCAUUAUAUGGGUUAUCUCAUUGGAAAAAAAGGUGCUACCCGAAGCAGAAUUGAAAGAGACACUCGCACUGAGAUAAAGAUUCCCCGACAAGGCCAAUCCGGAGAUGUGCUUAUAGUGGGUUCUAGCAUAGGAAAUGUGAAAGCUGCCAGGAGAAGAAUCAAUAUGAUAGUGAUGUCCAGCAGAAUGAAGCAACGACCCACCCACUUCCUGUCAAUCCCAAUGACUAGUCCAGAGAUCAUUGAAAACUAUAACAAGUUUAAGGAAGAUAUUCUACAUGAGCUCUCUGACCGUGGCAUAGAGGAAUCAGUGUUUGUAAAACCUCAUAAACUUCACAUGACCAUAUCAGUGAUGUGUCUCAUGGACAAUGAAGAGAGGCUACAAGCAUCCAAACUCCUCACUGAAGCAAGGGAUACCAUUAUCAUACCAACUUUACGAGAGCAUAAACCGUUGAAGUUACGUCUGAAGGGAGUGUCGUACAUGAACGACGACCCCACGUCGGUGCACGUGCUGUACGGACAGGUCCAGGAAGACAACGCGCCGGCUGGCCUGCUGCAGAAGCUCUGCAAUGACCUGCAGAACCAUUUUUACAAAGGAGGUUUCGCCGAAAAAGAAAAAGGUGGAGAUAACGUGAAAAUCCACGUAACCCUAAUGAACUCAAGACACCGAGGCCGCACGAAUGAGUCGGACAACCGCAACUCGGGACCUCGUGAGAGCUUCGACGCGACCCGCAUACUAGAAAAGUAUGCACACUACGACUUUGGAGUCGCGGAAGUCACGGAUGUCCACCUGUCGCAGAUGCACACGUCUACGGAACAGAAUGCCUACUACGAGUCUACUUGCGUUGUACACUGUUUUAGCUCGUGAAAUUUGCUGUUGAUUUAAAUUAUGAAAUUGUUUGUAAGUAUUUGUAUAGGGUAGCUAUACCUAUCAUGUAUAAUAUCAAAAUCCAGCCCUCAAUAUAACCAUGUCCGUGAUAAAAUUCAAACAGAAUUUUGUUUGCCUUUAUUCAUCGAGUCUUGAAUACAGCAGGGUCAAAUGUCAAAAUUGUAUUGUGCACUGUGUAUAACGACGAAUUCGUAACUGAAAAGUACUGGUACCUGGUACACAUUUUUUCACUGUCUGAUUUUAAAGAGGUACUAAACUGAAUGAAAUUAUUGAAUAAAAUAUUUUUAUCAAAAAUUUAAUAAAGUAAUGUAAU